AUGCUUGGCUCCAGCAGCUUUGGCAGCGAAGUGGUGGAGGUCGUGGCGGCGAGCUUCGAUUAUGGGAUCGAGCUUCGAGCGAGCUUGGAGCGGGCCUGGCAUCUCAUGGCAUCCCUGGCAUCUCACGGCCGCCGUGUUUUCUCGCGGUGCGACGGUUGGACAAAGGCAACAGCCCGAUUUGGUGACCACAGAGUCACCACAGCGUCGGUGGCCGUCCUUGGAUUCAGCAUGAUUCAUCCCAUGAGGAUGUUCAAAAGCAUUGACCAAAAAGCCUUGGUCAUGUGCCUGUCCAAGACAUGUUUGUGCUUUGGAAAGAGGACCGUAAAAGUCGGUGGGAUCUUGGGGAGCCUAUGA